AUUUUAGAUUGCCCCGGAGGAGGCUAGUUUAUUACGCCCUGUGCAAGGUGAAGCGCAGUGUUGUGAAUAACAUACAGUACGUGGUCCAGCCUUACUGUUACUGACCCCUCCUAGAGGACCCAGACGUCUUACAUUUCCCAGAAUAAACUGAUGUGGAUUAUAAGAACAUAAGAAAGUGGGAUACUGCAGGAGGCCGACUGGAUUAUUUCCCUGAAGUAAGCAAUGUUGAAGACGGUGUGUGGAGGAGCUCGUGUGGUGUUGGGAGGUGUGGCUGUGAGGAGAUGGGGUGUUCGAAGCCUUCAUAUGACAGUUGCCACGCCAGCAGAGAGGAAACUAAACCAGCCGUUGACAGCGACGCAGAUGCCUCGACCAGGUGGAAUAGCUUCGUUCAUGCGGCUCCCAGUACAGACCGGGACUGAAGGUCUGGACGCGUGUUUUGUGGGUGUGCCUCUGGAUACUGGUACCUCUAACAGGGCCGGCUCGCGUUAUGGGCCUCGCCAGAUGCGCUGUGAAUCACCUAUGAGACCCUUCAAUCAGGGCACCGGCGCCAACCCCUUCGAAUGUCUCAACGUAGCCGAUGUUGGGGACGUGUGGGUCAACCUCUACAAUCUGCCAGAAGCUUGUCGGAACAUCAGAGACCAGUUUCGUGAUCUCAUCAGUAAUGGCUGUGUGCCUCUUACUAUGGGCGGCGACCAUACCAUCUCCUACCCCAUCCUGCAGGCUAUCAAGGAAAAGUACGGGCCCGUGGGAUUAGUGCACGUAGACGCCCACCCGGACUUGCAGGAUGAGGUUUUAGGGAGCAAAAUAGCCCACGGUACACCCUUCAAACGUGCCUACGAUGAGGGGCUUCUGGACUGCACCCGGGUCAUCCAAAUAGGGUUGAGGGGGACAGCUCUCACUGCUGACGACUGUAACAUUGGCAGGAGUAUGGGGUUCCGUGUGGUAGGGGCCGAAGAGUGUUGGUACAAAUCUUUGGCCCCGCUGAUGGUCGAGGUGAGGGAGCAGAUGGGGGAGGGUCCAGUCUAUCUCUCCUUUGAUAUUGAUGCUAUCGACCCUGCUUUCUGCCCGGGCACAGGUACACCUGAAAUAGGAGGCUUGACGUCGAUACAAGCCCUGGAAAUCGUCCGUGGAUGUUGGGGCCUCAAUUUAGUCGGCUGCGACUUGGUUGAGGUAUCUCCGCCUUAUGACUUCGAGGGUACGACUGCUGCUACAGGCGCCCACCUUCUGUACGAAAUGUUGUGUGUUCUACCUGGUGUGAAGAACUAUAGGUAGAUUAGCAUUCAUUCCUACUUUGUCCUCAGCUCUCAUCAUUAUAUCGUCCCUCCUCUUAAAGACAAGCCUGGCAUAUGACUUUAUUAAGGACUUGCCAAACUGCCAUACACAGUUGAACCUAAACGAGAAAUCUGACUUUCAUACACUCAACCACCCUUCACUACAUGUACAGUGAAACCUAGAUAAAACGGACUUCUUUCUCCAUAUAAUCCAUUAGUGGGCUUCAAAUCUAAUACACCCUCGAUAUAACCGACUUUCAUCACUAUAUAGUUUGUUAGAUGGAGGUUUCACAUCUAACAGGCCCUCGAUAUAACGGACUUUCAUCUCUAUAUGGUUCGUUAAUUGGAGGUUUCAACUCUAAUAUACCACCAAUAUAAGGGAGUUUUCUCUCCCUGUAGUCCGUUAAAUAGAGGUUUCACUGUAUACCAAAACAAUAAUAAACACUAUUCGCAGGAGUUAUGGUGAAAGGGUUCGCUGUUAACUUGUACUUAAAACUUCUAGGGCCACAAACCCAAAGGAUGAUUAUUUUCCGAGAGUUUUAUGGAUAAAAAGGCCCUUAUAUAAAUAAAUACAGAAAAUAUAA